AUGGCAGCUACAGUCGAACAACCUCACUCCUUACCAGAUCCUCCCUCCCAACAACAAAAAGCUCCCGCUCCUCCACCAUCCUCCACCCCCCAAACCACCAACGACCCCUCCACCGCCAACGGCGCCCAAAUCCCUCUCACAGACUUCAACAUCCCCACCUUCCCCCCCGAAGCCCGAGGUCUCCGCGCCCUCACCCUCACCUCCGACAUCAACACCUCGUCAUACCAAGAAAUCCUGCUUCGCCCCUGGACCAUCCCAACAACUCUCCCCACAUCCAUCGAAAGUCUAACCCUCGAACUCUUCAGUCUUGGAUACCCGCCGAAAUUUCUCUCGACGCUGGCGACGCGGCUGCCGAAUUUGAAAUCUCUCGUCGUGUAUUCGCAGUUGUUGGGGGGAGUUUCGAGGGAGCAGGAAGAGGAUGCUGUGUUGGCGUUUCGGAAGUGGAAGGGUUUGAGGGCGUUGCAUUUGUUGGAUGUUUUUGCGAAACCGCAUUUUUUUGAAAAAGUGGCGGAGUGGGUGAGGUUUAGGAAGGAUGGGGAGGGAGAAGAUGGUGAUGGUGAUGGAGAGGGGAGGAGGGGAUUGAUGUUUUUGGAGAUGAAUUAUACCUUUCGGCAUGAGGAUGAGGAGUUUAUGGGCAAAAUCCAAGCAACCGAACUUCCUCUCCUGAUCGGACCAGGUCUCAUCUCCUGUUCAUUCAACCUCGCAGAACCAGAAAAUGUCAGCAAAGACGAAGACGAGCAAGACCCGACCGUCAUCGCAGGAGCAUCCGACAAAGAGGGCAUCAUGGCCUUCAACAAGACACUCACCAACGAACUCAUGCACGCUCUGACCGAAGACGAGAACAAACCCAAAGGACUUCGGGCACUGAAUACGACACUCUAUACUCUAUCGCCCGAGCAGAUUCGAAAAGUCAUGGCUACACAUACGGGGCUGAUGGUAGUCAGUAUGACGGCAGAAAUUGAGCCGGGAGAGGAAACGAAGAAAGCCUUGUUGGGAGCGAUGGAGCAGUGUAAGGAUUUGGAACAGGUGGAGAUUGUGGCCAACCCGAGUUUGCCGUUCUUUAUGGAGGUGCAGAAUCCCCGAAAACAGGUUUUGGCCAAGACGUUCCCGGAUGUAUUCGACAUGAACAGGCUCUCCGAGAAGCUGUCGAAGCUAUCGAACUUCAAAGCCAAUGUCCUGCGUACUGUCACGCUUGGAAACCUCGAGUGGGAAAAAGUCGAAGGGAAGUGGAAGGGUGGUGUGAAGGAAGGAAAAGGAAUGCCUGUUGGGUCCAUUCAGGCAUCUUAG